AUGACUCAUGUGUUGUUUUUUGUAUUGCAUUUGUUGAGUAGUCAUAUUAGUUUAAAAGUUGACGGAAUUCAAACUAUAUUAAAGGAGGAAGAUUUGGACAUUGAGAGACAACUUAAGUUCAUGAAUAAGAUUUCUAUGAAGACUAUUAAUACGAAGUUUGGAGAUGUUAUUGAUUGUAUUGACAUUUACAAACAACCAUCCUUUGAUCAUCCUUUAUUAAAACAUCAUAAGUUGCAGGUGAUUCCAGAACUAUAUAAGGAUUAUGGAACCCAUCUUUAUUCCUCGUGGACGUCAGAUAACUACAAGAAGACAGGAUGCUAUAAUAUUCGAUGUGCAGGUUUUGUUCAAACUAGCAAAGAUCAUUAUCUUGGUGUACGCAUUACCAAUGUAUCUCGAUAUGGAGGACCAACUAUGGCGUCUCUUCUCUCUAUUACUCAGGAUCCAAUGACAAAAAAUUGGUGGUUAAGUGUAGAAAGUAAUUUUAUUGGAUAUUUUCCAAUGAAAUUGUUCUCGAACAUGAGUUCAGCUGAUCAAGUAGGAUGGGGUGGAAGAACAAGAACUCAUCUUAAUACUCCAAGUCCUCAAAUGGGAUCAGGAAAUUAUCCUCAUGAUGACAAUUUUACUCAUGCUUGUUACUUUAAACAUGUGUUGAUUAAAGGUUCAUCAAGAAAAACUCAUGAAGUUAAACCAAAAGAAACUCAUUCCUUCGUUGACAGACCCAAUUGUUAUAAUGUUAGAUAUCCAAAAGGGUACUCUGUUUAUGUUUUUCUGUUUGGAGGACCUGGUGGUAACUGUGGCAAUUAA